GCGUAUAACCUAUCAACUCGCGACGUCUGAGCGGUUGUUUAGUGUCUUAACGUUAUUGCAUUAUGGUUAUUGUUUGUAAUGGUGAUAAAAGUUUUUGAGUAAAUUUUAUAUCGUUUUACGUUAUUUAAAAGAAGGAUAAAUCAUCAUCAUUGAAGAAACAAACUGUGUGAUAGAUUAACGAGUUUUAACAGAAGGACGAAGAAUUCUGAUAUCGUCAAUCUAAUCGGACUCAUCUGCUCAAAAUGAUGAAUUUUGAAGAAGAAAAAGGAUCUACAAGAUCCUCAUCAUCACGAAAUAUUUGUUGCUGUCUUGCAACAACUAGUUAUAACAAUUCAAAUAUAUAUAGAUAUUUCGUAGACGAUCCAAUCUGAAUGUACUAUCAACUGAAAUAACAGAAGACAUGGAUGAAUUACAAAAUCAGAAUAAUAAUGAUCUGAUCCACUGUAGAUACGACAAUAAUAAUAAUAGCAACAGGUUAACAGCAUAUCUUGAUUUGGAUAAUCGUUUAGAAGAUCCACUUCGAGAACCAGAAGUAACUAUGAAUUUAAACGAAGGUUCUGCACAAUUACUAGUUCAUCCAUUAGAAGAACCAGAAGAAGAUUUAUUUGAUUAUGAAGUUGAUACUUCAUUUCAAGAUAUAAAUACAGAAUCUGAGGAACAAGUGGUACCAUCCAGUCAACUAAGUAAUAGUUAUAAAUAUCUCGAUGAACUUACCAUUUCUGAUGAUGAAGUAGAUGAAGGCAUAUUUGAAGAUGAACCAGCAUCUAAUUUAAUAUUGCCAAAUGAUAAUAACAGAUAUAAUUCACAACCUCCGUGAAUAUUUACUUGAGUGUAGUUGAUGUGUUUGUAGAAUAGCACUUUGUGCUAAUUUGCUACCAACAUCUAAUUCAGUUUUCCAUCUAUCAGCCAAAAUCACAAAAUAUAUUUCAAAAAAUAUUGUGGUAGUAACAUUAGAACAUUGAUUGUUAUUUUUUUACAUAUAUAUAUAUGUGUGUGUGUAUAUAUAUAUAUAUAUAUAAAGAAAAAUCAUUCCAAAUGGCUUCUCAAUUUGUAGCCAUUAUGAUCUAUAUUUCUAUUUUAUUUUGAUGUAAGGAUGAUUUAUAAUUUACUAUAUUUAUUUAAUGAU